AAUCUUCCCUUUUUUCCUCAUCAUGGCUGACGAGCAAACUACUCCUAGAAAGAGAACUUUCCGUAAGUUUACCUACCGUGGUAUUGACCUUGACGCCCUCUUGGACUUGUCUUCUGAACAGUUCAUGGAGCUCGUUCACUGUCGUGCUCGUAGAAGAUUCCAACGUGGUCUUAAGCGUAAGCCUAUGGGUCUCAUCAAGAAGCUCCGUGCUGCCAAGAAGUCUGCUGCCGCUGGUGAGAAGCCUGAGGUUGUCAAGACCCAUCUCCGUAACAUGAUCAUCGUCCCUGAGAUGAUUGGUUCCGUCAUUGGUGUUUAUAACGGUAAGGUUUUCAACCAAAUCGAAAUCAAGCCCGAGAUGACCGGUCACUACCUUGCCGAAUUCUCCAUCUCUUACAAGCCCGUUAAGCAUGGUCGUCCCGGUAUUGGUGCCACCCAUUCUUCCAAGUUUGUUCCCCUCAAGUAAAUUUCCUUUUUUUUAUUGUGUGAUAUGUAUACAAAAAUUAGUGCGAUGAUCGUCAUUUAGAUAGUCUCUUCUUUUUUUAAAAAUAUACAUUGGGAUAUCUCUUUUUUUUUUUUUAUC